AUGAAGCUGCUGCGAAAAGCAUUGCCUUUGGCGCUUGUUCUACUUUUAGCCAUCAACUACACUCAAGCCGAAGCUGAAAAGGAAUCUGCAGGUGCUGAGAAGAAAUCAGCCGAACCAGCAGAUAAAGCAGCUGAAGCGAAAGAUACCAAAGCCGAUGAAAACGAUACUACUAAAACCAAACGUGGAUUACACCACUACGAGGAUUACCACCACUAUCCAUCACAUGAAGAGAAAACCCUAACUAUUAUCAAGAAGGUACCGAUACCAGUACCAAUUGAAAAGCAUGUUCAUGUACCAGUUGAAAAACAUGUUCAUGUACCAAUCAAAGUAAAGGUGCCAAAACCAUAUCCAGUUGUCAAAACUAUACCAUAUGAGGUUAAGGAAAUUGUGAAAGUACCACAUGAAAUUCCAGCACCAUACCCAGUUGAAAAGAAAAUACCCUAUCCAGUACAUGUACCUUAUGAUCGUCCAGUACCAGUAAAAGUUUAUGUACCAGAACCUUAUCCAGUUGAGAAGAAAGUACAUGUUCCAGUCAAAGUACAUGUUCCCGCACCAUAUCCAGUCGAAAAGAAAGUACAUGUACCAGUGAAAGUGCAUGUACCAGUAGAAAAACCAUAUCCAGUUGAAAAGAUUGUACACUAUCCAGUCAAAGUACCAGUUGAGAAACCAGUACCAUAUCAUGUAGAGAAACCAGUACCUUAUCAUGUUGAAAAACCUGUACCAGUACAUGUUAUCAAGAAAGUACCUGUUGCCGUACAUGUACCUUAUGAUCGUCCAGUACCAGUACAUGUCGAGAAACCAGUACCUUAUGAAGUUAAAGUACAUGUACCUGCACCAUAUCCAGUUAUCAAGGAAAUACCAGUAAAAAUUGAGAAACAUGUACCAUACCCAGUUAAAGUACCAGUUGAAAAACAUGUACCCGUCCACAUUGAAAAACAUGUUCCUGAGUAUCAUGAAAAACACAUCAGCUACAAAGAACCAGUCUUUGUACACAAACACAUUGAGGAACAUCAUGAAUCUCACGGUGACUUACACAGUUUCGAUCAUCACGAAUACGAUCAUCAUGAUUUCGGGGUAAACUUCUAA